UUUGUUUGAAGUUCAAGCAACGGUGCAAUUUGAAUCGCUGACCUUUUCUUGUGAAUAAAAUAGUAAAAAUACGUGUAGAUAUAAUGGAAAUGAAUUCAGCUAGCAUAUCAAACUAUAAUAGGGAUUCUGAGGCAGAUUUUGGCAUUCUAAGCCCUGUGAUACCUAAGCUACGCAGGUUUGGCGGUGUUUAUUCACCUGAACAUCUAAAUUUAACUCCAAGGCCAAGAGCCACAGCUGAUUUUAAAGAGCACUGGUAUGAGAAUCAAAACUUGCAUACACCUGAAAAGUUACCUGAAGUUGAAAUCAAAUGCAGGACAGCUAAACCAAAAUCGCACCAUGGUUCUCAGAAUUAUUCCUUUGAAGGCAACCAAAGCUAUCCCCGUCUGAACAAAAGGCUCCGGCCCAUUAGAAUGGAGCUGGAGACGCCCACGAAGGUCAAACCAACUGUCGAUCUUGUUAGAGUGGAUGGCCCCAACGGUCUCCGUUUCAACACCACCCUUGCAGCUGGAGACAUCACAGGCUCACCAGCGCAGUCUCAAACGGACCGCCUGCAGCAAGCCAUCAACCCAAGCAAAGCUGUGUUCACAAUUGAAACUAAUACUUCUAAAAUACUAAUAGUGAACAACAAGGCGUGUUCUCUUCUCGGCUAUUCAGCGGGGGAGCUCUGCGGGCUAAAGUUCUCUGAUCUACUGAGGAACAGGAGCUGCAAGUUUUCGUUACACGAGCCUGAAGAGGGGGACGCUUCGGAGGAUGGGACCAUUAUUCUGCUUAGUGGCAAAGUGGUAGAACUGUUAUCGAAAGACGGCCGCGCAGUGCAGGUGUCUCUGUGGAUUCGACAGCUGGACAGUGACGGACCUUGUUUGGUAGUUGCUGAGCCGGUCAGCUGUAAAACUGUUGUGUUAACAGUGGACGCUGAGGACGGUAUGAUCCUCUCAUGCUGCGGCGACGACGCGGCGCUGUUGUUCCAAGCGGAGUCUUGCGACAAAUUACUGGGACUCCCGUUGGCCUCGCUGAUUCCCUCCGUACAGCUGCCCCCGUGGGACGCGCCCAUCCCGCGCAAUGUCUCCAAGCAGAGGGCUACAGGAAGAACUCUCGAUGGCGGCUCGUUCCCCUUGUGUCUUUGGAUAACUAGACCAUCAGACACUACAGAAAACACGCUUUGGUCUGGCUUGAAAUCACACAAAGAAAGACCUAUAUACGAAGUCAAUGUUAGGGUAACGUACAACGUGUCCGGCCUCCUAGUGGUCGACGACGCCGGCAUCAUAACGGCGUGCAACCAGCACUUCGCCACGCUGACGUUCGGCAAGCCGCACUCGGCGGUGGUGGGGCGCCACAUCGACGAGCUCAUCCCCGACUUCUGCCGCGGCGGCCACUUGGUCAAGCCCAUGCCCGACCGGCCCAAGGGGAGGCAUGACCACGACACGAACGAAUCAGAUACGGACGAAGACUCAUGCGGAGCCUUUAACGGAAGCCAAAAAUCCGCCUGUAUGUCCAACGUGCAGCAAUCUCUUCUAUCCACCACGACAAGGGAAAAAUCCUCCAGCGCGCUCUGUCUCGACAAGUCUUGCAGUAUGGUCACGCACACGCCUACUCCUACACAGGACAUGGUCUCCAGCAUCAGCACGACAGCAACGGAACAGCGCAACGACACAUCCGCCCUCCCCGACGUCACCUCCGGCAUGUCCGGCAUCUCCAUCGACGACGAUUACACACCCAGCAUCUCCAAAUCGCGCUCCGAAAACAUCCUGCGAUCCGAACAGAACAACCCGGUCGCCAAACAACUAGCCAAAGCUAACGAAAAGUCAGAUUCCAUAUACUAUACAUCACAACACUCUCAAGAGUUAACCCCUACAGGAAAUACCCCUAGAGUUCGCAUGAACGACCCAUUUCUACGUCUAUCUUUUGAUUCUAGCAAAUACAGAUCUGGUAAAGUCAACCUCCCCGGCCAAGAGAAAGACAAAAGCAGUCUGUCUCUAGACUUUUGUGACUCGAAUGAGACGAGCGCAGAUUUCUUGACGCCUAUCAAUGAGAUGCCGCCGCCUGGGUGCGAGAUUGAGGAUUUACCGAAGCAUAAUGGAAAUGAAAGUAUUGAGAGUUUGAGUAAUGAUAAUGAUUUGGAGACGCAGACUGAGUCCGCGCCGAGGAAGAUAUAUGACUUGGACGGCCCCGAAACUCCGUGCAUCGCCAAACGUCUCCUCCGAGCCCACGUGACAUCAACUCCACAGCAAACCAAGUCCGAGUGCGACGACACACAGGACGGCACCUACCGCGGCAUCGUGCUACACCGCGACGGCACGCAGCUCAGUGUACUGUACACGGUGUCGACCAUGCAACUGGCAGCCGGCAACAGAGUCCGCUGCGUGUGGCUCGGAGUCCAACUAGAGGACACGGCGCGACACACCACGCUCGCCUCUAGCGUGACUUCCACGGCCGAUAGCUCCUUAGUUCUUGGAAACAAGUCAGUGAGCAGCAGGCCGCACUCUAUGUCCCUCGUGAGCCAGUGCGGCGAAGAGCAGAUCUCCGGAGAAUACAACAAGCAUUAUGUCACUUUGAAACAAAUAGGUAAAGGCGCCUACGGCUGCGUAAAAAUGGCGUACCGUCGCUCUGAUCGUCUCCUAGCGGUGGCCAAGUUCAUAUUGAAGGAGAAAGUCGGCUCGCAGUUCUGGGUGGACGGACCCGACGGCAAGCGGGUGCCGCUGGAGGUCAGCCUGCUUAUGACCUUGAAGCAUCCUAAUAUCGUCAGCAUACUAGACGUUUACGAGAAUGAAAAAUACUUUCAAAUGGUGAUGGAGAAACAUGGCGCCGGCAUGGAUCUGUUCGAGUUUAUUGAGCGGCGACCCGUCCUAGACGAGCCACUUCUCAGCUACAUCUUCAGACAGAUAGGCCAAGCCGUAGAGUAUCUCCACUCCCUAAACAUACUGCAUCGAGACAUCAAGGACGAGAACGUGAUCAUAGACAACAAGUUCCACAUUAAGCUCAUUGACUUCGGCUCGGCCACCUUCAUGAGCAAGGGCACGUUGUUUUCUACAUUUUAUGGCACGACGGAGUACUGCAGCCCUGAAGUAUUGGCUGGGAACAAAUAUGCAGGCCCCGAACUGGAAAUGUGGUCAAUGGGUAUAACCCUCUACGUGCUGACAUACUUCGUUAACCCUUUCUCUGACAUAGAAGACACGAUACAAGGACCGCUUGUGUUGCCGUCACCUGUUUCAGAAGAUUUGGAACAAUUACUACGGUGGAUGUUGUGCAAAGAGCCCUCACAGAGGUGUACGGUCAGCCAACUGAUGGCGCACCCGUGGAUACGACAGCCAGUGGCCAUCGCCAACUACGUGUUCCACGAGAUCGUCGACUGCGAUCGCCACGAAGCUAAUCCUGAAACGUACUUCAGCGGCAGCCUAGGAUCGCCCAGAAGCGGCUCUCCCGUCUCUAUGGCUGAUCCUCUUGCCAAAGAACGAUCAAACCCAUCAGAGGUCGCGAUCCGCUCCGAAGGCAAAAACAUAUCGCGCGACGAACCAAAACGAAAUUCACUGGCGCUUCAUGCUCUGUCCACCGCCGACAGAGACGCGCAGUCGGACAACUACAGCCUCCGAUCAUCAGCUGAUAUCCUAGACAUCUCUUCGAAACCCGUGUCGGAAGCGGCUCUAACCGACAUCAGCUCGGACGCGACCGGGCACGCGGCCUGCGACAUCGACUACGAUCCCGACCAGUGCGAGUGCGACAGCUGGGACGAGUGCGAGCAGGACAGCUUCUCGUAACUCGACAGGCGAGAACGGGAAGAACAAAUACGGUAAAACGUUAGUAAAUGUGUCACGACUAUAAACGAACGAACGGUGCGAAGUGCGGACAAAAAAUAAUGUGUAUUGAUCAGUAGGACUAAGAUGGUCGACUCUUUAUCAUUUGUCGCCAUGCCUGUCACGUUCAAACAAGUAUGUAAGUGCGACAGUGACGCAUGACAUGACAGGUGAUAACAAUGCGACCAUGAUACCGCUGCUGGGCAUAAUAUAAGUAGACAAGAAUGGACCAUUCCUUGCCACCCAGUAAAAUGCGUUUAGAUCUAUCGAAUGUGCCAUUUUCAAAUCUCUCGCUACCAUACAAUGGCCUUAGGAGGAUAGGCUUUACAAUGUAAUGUGAAAGGAGCCGGAACUACGAACUCUGUGUGUAGGCUUUAAGGGUGCUUAUUGAGUAAUCACUUUAAAAUGGUUUCAACUGAGGCUAUAAUACAAAACAAAUUAACAAUUACGGGGAGUUUGGAAAAAUGCGUUCCGAGAUGAGAUAGGUAUACGCGGAAUUCUUAUUAUGUGUAUAAAUUUAAUUCUUAUCGAAACUAAGAUUAAACAUAUAAUUAUUAAUAGUAAUAGUAAUGCUACUAGAAAUUGAGUGUUAAUUUAAUAAUUUUAAAUUAUGGUCUGGUUUGACAUUUCUAUUAAAAUUUGUAUUUUCAAACCUUUUCUUUAUGGGUAGGUUUAUGUUUAUGUCUGAAGGAUUUUUUUAAUCAAAAAUAAAGUUAUGUAGAUUUUCACCAGUCAGGGUAAGAAUGUGUUAUUAUUAAUAGAGCUUUUAUUAGAUAGCUUUAGGCUUCUAAGUCACCAAAAUGUCUAGAUUGUGGUCCUAGCAGAGAUAAGCUCUUAAAAGGUUUGAACAAAGUAAAGUCACACUUAAAAGAAACGAAGAAAUUAAACCUGCUUUUUUAAGUUGCACCUUAGGAGCAAAGACAAAAUACUCAAAUUCUUAAAGGACAAUCACUUUAGAGCUUAGGCUACUAGGGUCGCAUUUCAAAAAAACUGCUUUAUUUACUUUCUUUCUAAUAAAUAUAGAUGUUAGCGUUGGUAGAAAGAGAGGCUAUUAUAAUGUGCCCUUUUCUUGCUAGUCAAACUAAAUCGUUAGGUGACAACCAAAACUCACUUAAUUACUAGAGUUAGGCCAAAACAAGUGUGCAACGGUUUUGAUAGCACACGCGGUGCAAGUGUUAUUUUAAACGUCAAACUUCUAUGAAAUUAUGACUUAAAAGUAACACUUGCACUGCGUAUGCUAUCGAAAUC